UCUCAGCUGAUAUAAUAUACAGCUUGCUUUUAUUUCAUUUUACACUUCAAUAAAUUAAAUACAACAAAAUUGUGUUCAAAAUGCCUGUUCUGAGCGUGUCCAAAGCCGAGGAAUAUCAAACAUAUAUUAAUGGCGACAAGACAACGGUGGCGCUCUUUGCCGCCGACUGGGCCGAGCAGUGUGCUCAGGUGAAAGAUGUGUUAGAAGAACUGUCGAAAUUACUGGGUGACAAACUGCAAUUCAUUAGCCUUAAUGCCGAACAGUUUCCAGAGAUUUCCAUGAAGCAUCAAAUUGAAGCCGUUCCCACAGUUAUUUUCUUUGCCAAGGGCUCGGCUGUGGACCGUGUAGAUGGAGUGGACAUUGCCGCUAUCAGCAGCAAAUCUAAGAAGUUGGCAGAGAGUGCAAGCAGUGCGGCAUCCACCGGACAAUCACUGGAUGACCGCUUAAAGGCCUUGGUCAACAAGGCUCCCCUAAUGAUAUUCAUGAAAGGCGAUCGUAAUGGUCCACGCUGUGGGUUCUCCAAACAACUGAUUGCUAUUGUAAAUGACACGAGUUUGCCUUAUGAGACCUUUGACAUCCUGAGCGAUGAGGAAGUACGCCAAGGCCUGAAGACCUACUCCGACUGGCCCACAUACCCACAGGUGUAUGUGAAGGGUGAACUGAUUGGUGGCCUGGACAUUAUAAAGGAACUACUGGCGAGCAAGGAGCUUGAAGCCACUCUCAAGGGUUAGACUACAAGGCUUUUCCAGUAGACUCAACGAUGACCGCUUGUA